AAAUAUGUCACUGUAAUGUCUAAAGUGUAAUGUCUAUUGUUCAAAUCUUAAUAAAAACCAAUCAAUCAAUCAAUUUAAUUAGAAUAAAAAAUUUAUAUCUCAAAUAUUUCCAGCAAUAUCUAGCAGUUAAAUAUAUAUAUUUUUUAUAUAAUAUGAAUGAAAAAAGUUUUGUUUGGACGUCUGAUUUGACUAGACGCUUUUUUGAACUUCGUUUUCAAAACGAUUGGCUGUUUAAGAAAAGGAAACAGCCUUGGGGAGAAUUCCACAAGCUCCUUCUUGAUAAUGGCUUUCCAGUAGAGAUGACUGUGAAGCACUUACGAAAGAAAUGGUCAUAUACAUAUGAUUCUUAUAGAAUAGCCAAAAAAACUAAAAAUAAAAGUUGGAAAUAUUACAGAAUGUUUGAAAAACAUUUUGGAAAAUCUCAAGUUUUAGAUAAAUAUGAAUCAUGGAGUGAUGAAUGGAGAUUAAAACUAAUAGUAUGUGUGUCUGAAGCAAAAGAAGCGAAACUUGAUUAUCGUAAUAUGUGGAGAACAGUCGAAACAGCAUUAAGGUGUCAAGAUUUACCACUAGACUGUUGUAUACAGGACUUAAAAGGAUUGUGGCAUUAUAUCAGAAUUACUUUUAAGCGGAAACAUCGUCUAGUGUUACGUAAUUCGGUCAGGAAUGACUGGCCACUGUAUUCAGCUGUGCUGGACUACUACAAGAAGUAUGAACCGGAGUAUUUACAGAGAUUGGACACCUCUCCGGAAAGUUUGUCUGAACGGAGAACCGCACACAUGCCCAGAGGGAAGGCUAUCAAAAAUGAUGGAGUAGAAGAGUUUCAAUGGUCCAAAGAUAUAACUGAAUCAUUUAUUCAGAUACGGCUACAAAAUGAUUGGCUGUUCAGAGAUCAAAAAAGGGCUUGGAACAAUCUCCGAGCUAUAAUGAUAGAAGAGUACGGGUUCCCUAAAACAUUAACAGGGAGAGAACUUUGCAGAAAAUGGGCUGCCACAUAUGCCGAAUACCAAAAAGCAAAAGCUACAAAUAAUAAAACAUGGGUUUAUUACACGUUAUUCGAACUCUACUUUGGAGAAGGCGGUUUAAGUCUCAACCCCUUGAUGGACUGGCAAGAGGAGUGGGUCUUGAACCUGAUCAGCGCCAGGACUGACUUAGAUCAUUUGUUUCGAUUUUCUGCAAAGAAUUCCGCAGAUCCUUGGCGAGAAGUUGAAAAAAGACUUAGAACUAUAGGAAUGCCUUUAGAUCACAGUUUAUUAGAACUACCAGAAGUUUGGAAACAUUUAUUAAAAACUUUUAAGUGGAAACAAAAAUUCGCCAAUAAGGGUAUUUUAAACGAACAAUGGCCGUUCUUUGAAGCCAUAUCAAAAUACAUAGAAAUCCAUGAUAAGCAUGUAAUAAAGGAGCAAAAACAGGACAGCUUUGAGGAUCUGUCUCUCGAUGACGAUAUCGAGGAUGAUAUGAAACUGUUUGAUCUGAAACAGAGGUUGGACCUCGUUAAACCCAAGUUCGAAGCCCUCGAGGCGAACCUCUGCAGAUCUUGCUCUAAUGAGGAUGGCUGUGUCAACCUUUACAACCAGACAGAUGACGAAGGACUGGACCUCGCGCAGAAGUUGAGGAUUAUUGGUGGAAUUGAGUUAAAUGAAGCAGAUACUCUACCGUCACAAAUAUGUCUGAAUUGUGUUAAAGAAUUGGAGAAUGCGUACAAAUUCAGGCGGAAAUGUCAAGAAACCGACAGAAAACUUAGAAUUAAUUCUUUAAAUAAAAUAAAAAUUGAAAUACAACCUGAGUACAAUCAUCCAUUAAAAAACCACGGUGACAAUCAAGAGAACCAAGACUUCGAAGUCGAUAUACAAUACGAUGAUCUGCCAGAAGAAACCACAGCGAAACCAAAUCGAAUGGUGAAGAGCGAAAAAAAGAUAACGAGGCGGAAAAGGGUACGAAAACUAAGAUACGACUACUGGAAAGUGUGUGAAGUGUGCGGGAAACACACGAGGAAUUUGAUCAGCCACCUAGACAUGCACGCCAGCGACAAGUGUUACUCUUGCGACAUUUGCGAGAAAAAGUUCAAGUUCAAAAGCGGGCUCAUAGUCCACAAAGCCGUUCACAACCCAACGCCUAAAAAGACUUGCGAAGUUUGUGGAAAGAGCUUCCACAUCUUAGCCCAAUAUCGUCGUCAUUUUGCAUAUCACGCUAACGAGAGGAAGUUCGAGUGUGAGACGUGCGGGAAAAGGUUUAACUCGCUGGAUAUACUGAGGGUGCAUAACAGGUCUCACACGGACGAGCGGCCCUUUAGUUGCUCCGAGUGCGGGAAGACCUUUCGCACCGCCGGCUGCGUCAGUAGGCACCGCCGCAUCGUCCACAGGAACAUCAAGAGUGUAAAGAAGUGAAUAUACGAGGGGUGGCUGAAAAGUUCUGAGCCUAGGGCAUAGAGUCUAGAUAAAAAUCUAAAUAAAAUUUAUUUUUCAAU